GAGAAACGCGCAAUGAGAACCCGGAAAUAGAAGAACAAAUUCAGUGGCGGGAUGUAGAGCUGCUCUGAUCUGAAUUUUAUCGAGAAACUUAGACUGUAUGUGACACACAGUUCGUGGGAAAUGUGCGAGAAAAGCAAAAUCGUGAGCCGGUGGCUGAAGAAGGUGUUCGGGGAGCAGCCGGUGCCGGAGUUUGAAGUGAACACACGGACGGUGGAGAUCCUGUGGGACCUGGCGGAGAGCAGCGAGAUGAGACGCCGAGAGACCGAGCUGCUCGUCGAGGACCUCGAGCAGAAGACAGAGGAGUACAGCAGCGACGGAGCUCAUCUGCAGGAAGUGCUUCUCCGGGCCGUGGGGCUUCAGGCUGGAGGACUUUCCAGACCCACGGAGGAGCUGCUGUCGGUGCUGGAGGAAACCGCUGAAGUGCUCCGACUCAGAGACACGUCACUCGGGAGCUAUAUGCCUGCAAUCAAUAAACUGACCAAUGACGUGCUGGAGGCGGAGAAGACGGACCGCAGGCUGCAGCGGGAACUUUCUGCUGUUCGCCAGAAAAUGACUGCAGCGGUGGUUCUUCGGAAAAAACUUCAGGAUGAUCUGCUGAAGAUCACACACAUACAGCAGGUGGAAGCAGCUACUGCUGAGGAGAGGCUUCUGAACAUGGACUUCAUGAAGAAGAAAUCCAGAGAUCUCGCUUGCAGGAAUAAGAUUGCACAGGAGAAGCUGGAUUCAAGGCAGAUGGAGGAUUCUUUAACCCAUCAGUCCGUCCUGCAGCUAUCAGAGAAAAUCGCAGCUCUGAAAGAAGAAACACUUCCUUUAAAGAAGAAACUAGAGCCGUAUACUGACUUGAGUCCUAGUCCAGCACUGGCGCGGGUGAAAAUCGAGGAGGCCAAACGAGAACUGGCUGCCCUGGAUGCCCAGCUGGAGCAGAAAGUGGACUUCAUGAACGCUUUGUCUUGAUAAUAAUAAAAAAAACAAACAAAUAAAAGCGUGUUAAUGAUUGUAAGGAUUGUUCUGUGCUGUUUGUAAUAAACGCAGUUCCUCUCCGAACCUCGCGGUGGCGUCCUGUGUUUUUCCCGCCUGCGCCGCGGCGGAAAUGACGAGCGCACAUU